AUGGAUCUUUCCGAUGAUUUACCGCCACAGUACACAAAAGUCGUGAAGAGAAGCAGCAGCAAAAGAAGGGUGGUGAAAAGGAGAGAACUCAAGGAACUGGUUAGCACCGCCAUAAGAGCCGCUCAUGUUGCAAGAGACAAAGGAUACUACAUCGCCUCUCCAGAAGCCAUAAAGUGCGUUGGGAUUCUCAGACUUUUGCGAAGCUUGCCUCUGACUCCUCGACUUAUUAUCAAAGCAGACGCCUUACGCACUCUUCAAUUCCUCGCUAAGAAUGGAAACCCUAAAAUCCGGUCUGAGUCAAAAGCCGUCGUUGAUCACUGGUGGAGGGUAGGGCUUUCUCUCCGACGAUUCGUUCCCUCGCGCUUCGUCGUCUCACCGCAGCGCACGUUAGCCACCAUCGUCGAUAUCAUACGCCCACCACCGCCGGAGGGGAGAGAUUCUUCGAUUGGUGUCAAUUUUGAUCAUUUCGUCACUCUAGUAGAUCUGAAGCAAUACACUGCGGACGAAUUUGACUGGGGAACCAGAUCUAGGUUUAGGGUUUGA